CAGGCAGAGCUUUAUUUAAAUUAAUCUCACAAACAUGUCGAAAAUCUUAGCUCUUCUAACGAUUAGUUACGUUUUUUUCCAAAUAAAAUGUGUCAAUUCGGCCCAACACACGUACAAUUUGGGUAGAAAUAGUGCAGUUGUUAAUACAGGUGUGCAUAAGUGUGCUAAUGGAAGAAACAGUGAAGUUACUUUUUCGGUGGACGCUACUUUGCAUGCCAAGAGCACUACUAGAACGAAUUUUGGAAACGGGAAAAACGUGAACAAUCGGAUGCGUGAACUGAAUUCACAAAGAUCCGACCACAAAGGACAUAUUUUGGCGUCGGUUUUCGGAGGACCAGCACAAAUAUGGAACUUGGCACCGCAAGCAGACAACCUCAACAGGAAAUAUCGGUGUAGGACGAGCAUUUUGAACGUUUGGUAUGAUUGUGAAAAAUGGAUAUUGAACGAACUGAACUCUAAGCGGAAUUUGCCAGUACGCGUAAAGGUACGUCUCAGCUAUAAGGAUAGGAGCUGCAGACCGACCCAUUGGUCUAUUGAUGCCAGGUCUAGAAGUGGCAGCGGAUGCCAGGCGUUGAACAUCCGGAAUGGCAAUCUGCCUUUUGGUGCCUGCCAACGUGCUGGAUAAUCUCUGGAUAUUUUUAUUAGUUUUCUAAUUACUAUAAUACUCCUGUUUUACUUAAUUUAUAUCUAAUAUAUAUUUUUAUAAUCAGACUGUAAAUCUAGCUUAUGAAAGAUGAUAUUAAAUUUAUAGUAACUCUAU